UCGAGUGCAGGAGGCUCAGCUCCAAUGAAAAGGAGCCAGAGGCGUGGCCUUGUGUUGUUUUUCAAAGGGACGAUUGAUUCGGAGCGGUGUGUACGUGCAGGUUGUUGCAACAAUGUAAUCUGUAUUUGAAUUUCAUUUUGUGCUAUUCAUGUCGUUAGUUUUUAUGUCAUUUUAAUAGCUUUAUUUGAAUAAAGCACAAAGUCAGCUAUGAGGCUGUUUGGGUUCCUCUUGAAAAACAAGACUCCAAAGCAAAUUGAGUAUUACUCCAGGUUUUCUCCAUCGCCACUGUCUAUAAAACAGUUUCUGGAUUUCGGCAGGAACAAUGCCUGUGAGAAAACGUCCUACAUGUUCUUGCGGAAGGAGCUCCCGGUCCGGCUGGCGAACACCAUGAGGGAGGUGAACCUGCUUCCAGACAAGCUACUGAGCAGACCCUCUGUGAGGCUGGUGCAGACCUGGUACAUGCAGAGCUUUUUAGACAUUUUGGAAUAUGAAACCAGGAGUCCAGAGGAUCCUCAAGUAUUGGAUGAUUUCCUAGACAUUCUGAUUCAGAUCCGGAACCGGCACAAUGACGUCGUCCCCACCAUGGCGCAGGGCGUGAUCGAGUACAAGGAGAAGUACGGCUUUGACCCCUUCAUCAGCAGCAACAUCCAGUACUUCCUGGACCGCUUCUACACCAACCGCAUCUCCUUCAGGAUGCUGAUUAACCAGCACACACUGCUCUUCGGUAAUGACACAAAUCCAGCACACCCCAAACAUAUUGGAAGCAUCGAUCCCACCUGCAAUGUAGCCGAUGUUGUUAAAGAUGCCUAUGAGACUGCGAAGAUGCUUUGUGAGCAAUACUACAUGGCAGCACCUGAGCUGGAAAUCGAAGAAUUCAAUGCUAAGGCACCUAAAAAGAACAUCCAAGUGGUGUAUGUGCCGUCCCAUCUCUUCCACAUGCUGUUUGAGUUGUUCAAGAAUUCAAUGAGAGCCACCGUGGAGCUCCAUGAAGGCAGAAGUGAAGGCUUCCCCCCCAUUAAAACAAUGGUCACCCUGGGAAAGGAGGAUCUGUCUAUAAAGAUAUGUGAUAAAGGUGGAGGCGUCCCACUGAGAAAGAUCGAGCGCCUGUUUAACUACAUGUACUCCACAGCCCCCAGACCCAACUUCGAACCAUCCAGCACUGCUGCUCCCCUGGCUGGCUUUGGCUAUGGCUUGCCCAUCUCUCGGCUCUAUGCCAGGUACUUCCAAGGGGACCUCAAGCUGUACUCCAUGGAGGGAGUGGGCACCGACGCUGUAAUCUAUCUGAAGGCUCUUUCCAGCGAAUCGUUCGAGCGACUCCCCGUGUUCAACAAGUCUGCGUGGCGGCACUACCAGACCUCGCCCGAGGCAGACGACUGGAGCAACCCCAGCAGCGAGCCCAGAGAUGCUUCCAAGUACAAAGCCAACAGAUAACUCCAGAACACCAGGGCGGUUUCUCCCUCCGCGUCAUAGAAGCCAUCGGCUGAGCUCUGGAUCCAAACGGAUUUAAUAAUCUAAUAUUAAUAGCAUCCAGUGUGUUUGUAAUUGUUGAUGUUUCCAUAUUAAGAACUACUACCUAAGUCACCUCCAGGUCAAACAGGCAGGGAGAGGCACGGAGAUGAUGUUGUGUAACAAACUUGUUGAGUGUUACCAGUGGGUCCUCUCCUGUUCCUCUCUCUUCCUCCCCUCCCUCUGUCCCAUGCAGAAGUGAGGUCAUGCUAAGUACAUAACUUGUUGGGCAAAGUGUUCUUGUUUUUAUUAAUCUUUGGAAUUUUAUAUAGAGGGCAGGUAAAGUUCCAUAUACUGUUUGUUCUGUGGGGGUGGGGUGCACAGUAGCACUGCAAAUAAUGCCCAUGGCUUCAAACUUAAGAUAUGAAAAUUAAAUUAAACAACUUAGCUGCCUUUUUUGAAGGACAAUUGUCUGAAACCUGUUGCACUUGAUGUAGCAUGGCAACAUCGAAUUCUGUAAGGCUCAUCGCUGUGGUAUACAUUUUAAUUGUUUUUUUGUGGUAAAAUUAAUUGGCAGGAAAGCCAAGUGUGACGUGCACGUCUGCCACACAGUUGGCAAAAGCACCUUAAGAUUUUAAGAACAAAAUAUUUAUAUAAACGUAACAAAUAUGGGCAAAUGCCUAGAAGAGAGGUUGCACUAGUACUGGAUUUUGUAAUGUUUUUGAGGAAAGUUCUCCCGGUACUGUAUAUAAUCUUGAGUUAUCCAUGCAGCAGGCAGGUAUGAUUGUGGUUUUCUUUGUGAUUACUGGACGGUGGUUGAAGUCUCUGCAGCCCUUACCUUCAGGACCUGGGUUAUAAUAUACCCCAGAUGUAAACCUGAGGGAUCUUCGGACUGCAGUGAAUUAAGAGGGAUCUGUGCCUUGGGCUCCUGAGAAUGGGAUAGACUAGGAGCAGGAGUGCUGGAAUGCAAACCAGGAGCAGCAGAGGGUUCUAAAGAAUCCCUCACUGCUGCUGUACAGAGAGGCACCUUGAUCCUGGAGUCCCGUACCCUGCACUUUAGCUUCAGGGACUGCAGGAGGCCAGUGGGACCAAUAAAGCAGGUCCUUUUGCUUGCUCUCCUGAUCCACAGUCCCAUCUCUCACUCUGUCCUGGAUUGGGGCUGCUGAAAAGGUUCUAUAUUAGGAUAAAAAAGAAAGAUUACCAAAUUUUUAGUUUGUACCAAAAUGAUAAUUCAAAAAGUUAAAGUGAGCCACAUAAAUCAAAGCACACAGUGCAGUGUUGCACCAUACUGCCUUCUGUGGUCUGGUUUCGUUUCAGCAUUUUCAUAUUGUUCCCCUUUUUUCUAUGCUCGGCGACAUUUUCUAAAAACCUACAUUUGAUUUCCCAUAACCACUGCACACUGUGCCAGGCUAAUGAAAUGGAGACUCCAAGUCCCUUUUUUGCUUAAUCCUGCAGCACAGGGGCGCACUUCUUUUCCUGUGACAGGCUGCUGGCGUGGGGGUGCUUGCAUUCUCUGCUGAGUGACAGGCAGGAGAUCGAGACGGAGGUCGAAGUUCAUACGCCCCGCAGGCGAACAGGAUUUAUGUACAUAGUGUGAACACAGACAACUGCUCACGUGACACUGCCAACAGUGGUAGUGCAUUGAGGACAUAAAGGGGAAUGUACAUAAAGAAAAAGAAAAACACUGUACAAAAGCCUUGAAAACGGACGAUCUUCAGCCCCGUUGGCUUUGGCUUUUCAGAAGCCCUGAGGUGAAUAAACUGAACCUCUUUAUACCUGACGCCGCGCUGGAACACACCUACCUGCUGAUUCCACAGCUGGCAAUCGCACACAGCAGGCAGGCUCUCCCAGGAGCGCCAGGUACUCACUCACUCACUCCACUCACUCACUCACUCACUCACUCACUCACUCACUCACUUAAUUUUCUAAUAAACACACACUAUUUACAGUAAUCAUUUACACAAAAAACCCUCCUUGUAUGCAGGGCUCCUGCCCUGCCACAGCUUCCCAAAUUGUAUGUGGGAGUAUUCUAGUCCAAUCACUUGUACGUCUGUUUAACUAAACUCAAAUAUUUGGUAAAACUACUAACAUGCAGUGGGCUCUAUUUAUCAUGGUGAAAUACAAAGAAGGCAAGGGAGAGCAGGCAGCAAACAGAAAUGCCCACCCAGGGGAAGCUAGAUGAGGUACAGAGACUCAUGGUUUGCUUUGAAUUGAGCGAUGCUUGUAUGCAAUCAUGAACUUCCCCUUUAAACAAUACGCCCCGUUCGGUGUGGCAAGAGAACCAAGUUACUCUGACGUUCACAAAGAGCAUUGUUGCCGCCUGGUCAUCACUGUGUGGUAUGGAAGAGUGUUGAAGAAAUCUGUGGUGCUGGGUGCUCAGUGCAAAGCUUCAAUGCUGGGCUCAUGUCUUGGAAGACUGUUGCGCUCUGCAGUACUGUGUGUGAGGAGGCAUGUGCUGUCACUGGCUCAAUCUUUCACUUCAUCCUGAAAUGGAGAUAUAUAUAUAUAUAGAGAGAGAUAUUCUCUGCAGAUAUAUAAAGCUCCCAUGCCACUUGUUGUCCUCAGGACAUGUCCCACUGCAGCAAGAUUCUCUACAUGAGCAGGCCCACCCUGUAUGAAUAUCCAAUGGCAAAUAAAUAACUUGUGCUCCUGAGUUGUUGCUUGCUUGUUUACCAUUGCCAUUCAGAAUCACUGAUUUGUAGUGCAAAUAAUAGAUUGGUGUGUAUUUUAGCAUUGAAGAUUUUACAUGCACUCCUGCGCUGGCUGUAAAUGUCAUUUUCCACAUGUAAACCAGGCGUUAAUAAAAAAGACUUUAGAAAAAUAAGAACAGGGCAGAUGAUUCUAGCAAGGCAUGCUUCUAGAAUUUGUAAGCUCAGGAAGGUUUCCUGCUGUAAUCGUUCAUAAGGGAUUUGUUUCAAUAACAGUGUCAUUUCAGACGUGUUUAUUUCUUUUGCCUUUUUGGAAUUUUUUUGGACUAGAUUGUAUUAUUCAUUUUAUAAAGACAUUUCCUUGUAAUAAACUAAAGGUAGGUUUAGCCUACUGUUGUACAACCAA